UGGCGUCCCCCUCAGUUCGCUGUGUUCCAUGCUGGAUCAGAAUAACAGCUAAUUUGUGCAGUAAACGCGCCGCCGGCACUCUCACCUCCAGACAUGGAGCUCACGGGGCUGUGCGCACAUUCGGGACUGGUGUGUUCUGGUCUGUGGGCAGUAUGGUGAGAGAGGGACCGGCUACAGCCGUGACAUUGAGAGCACUGAUAGGUGGAACGGCUAGUAAUAUCCAGUUAAAGCAGUCUUUUCAUGUUAGCGCCGCUGCCAGUAAUAAACAGGACUUGUACCAGAUUCUUGGUGUUCCACGCACAGCAACCCAAAAAGAGAUCAAGAAAGCCUAUUAUCAGAUGGCAAAGAAGUAUCAUCCAGACACCAACAAAGAUGACCCUCAAGCUAAGGAGAAAUUUGCACAGCUGGCUGAUGCCUAUGAGACUCUUAGUGACGAGGUGAAAAGAAAACAAUACGACACAUACGGGACGGCUGGUUUCGACACGGGCAGAGCUGGAGCGGGUCAUCAGCAGUACUGGAGCGGAGGAGCCAGCGUGGAUCCUGAGGAACUCUUCCGCAAGAUCUUUGGGGAAUUUUCUGGAGCGAGAGGAUUUGGGGACUUCAAUGCCAUUUUUGAUCAGCCUCAGGAGUAUGUGAUGGAGCUGACCUUUGCGCAGGCCGCAAAGGGUGUAAAUAAGGAAAUUACAGUGAACAUCGAUGGCAUCUGUCAGCGCUGCGAUGGUAAAGGCAACGAGCCUGGCUCGAAGGUCCAGCACUGCCAUCACUGCAAUGGCACAGGAAUGGAGACGGUAAACACCGGGCCGUUUGUCAUGCGCUCUACGUGUCGGCGGUGCGGUGGCCGCGGCUCUGUCGUCACGUCACCCUGCACGGCCUGUCGUGGGACGGGCCAGACCAAGCAGAGACGCACGGUCAUGGUUCCUGUUCCGGCUGGUAUCGAGGAUGGACAGAUGGUCAGGAUGCCUGUAGGAAAUAAAGAAAUCUUUAUUAAAUUUAAGGUCCAGAAGAGUCCUGUGUUCAGACGGGAUGGGGCGGAUAUCCACUCGGACGUUCAUGUCUCGGUGGCUCAGGCCAUCCUGGGAGGAACAGUGCGAACACAAGGGCUGUAUGAGACCAUCAACCUUUCUAUCCCUGCUGGCGUCCCAACUGACCACAGGAUCCGACUUGCUGGAAAGGGAAUCUCACGGGUCAGUGGCUAUGGAUAUGGCGAUCAUUACAUCCAUGUCAAGAUUAAAGUGCCAAGGAUGCUGACAGACAGGCAACGGGCCCUUAUUAUGAGCUUUGCAGAAGAUGAGACAGAUGUUGAAGGUACCGUCAAUGGAGUCACCACAACUGCUACAGGGAAAAGAUCUACAGGGAGCUAAGAUAACAUGAGGAUGGUUAAAAAGAUCCCGGCAUCUGCAUCAGCCCUGCUAUAGAACAAAAAACUGCCUAAUGAGCUUGCAGACAAAAAAGCCAGGAUGUUUAUAAAGCUGCAUAAGCGUACGCACACUCGUACCCUGACAGAUCUGAGGUCAUCUACUCACACAGAAAGAGAAGAGAGAUUGAAUUCUGUUUACCCACAUAUGAAGAUGUUUUUUUUAGUCUGUGGUGUCAGGAUUUUUGUUCUUCUAGGAAUUCUCCAAUAAUGUUCAACAGUAAUAUAUCGUGUUUAAUAAUGUGUUUUUGGCCGUCAGUCAUGUGCACGUUCUUAAACCAUUCUUCUUACGUUUGUAAUAGGUAAAAUGUGCUUAAAGAGGCCUAGUGUGGUGUGUUGAUCUAUGCACAUGUGAUUAAGAUUUGUCUUAGGUGAUCUGAUCACAAAGUAGGGUUGCCAAGUCACUUUAACUUGAGCCUGAAACCACACAGUACUCCCAUUAAGAGUUGUCACAGUGGAUUAUUUGUCCUCAUGUUUGAUUUGGCACAGUUCUUAUGCUGGAUUCCCUUAGGACACAACCCUCCUAUUUAUCAGGGCUUGGGACUGGCACCAAGGGUGCACUAAUGUGCUGCCCCCCUUUCCCCAAUUGUUAGGUUCAUGUAAUGUCAUGCAUCUUCUCUAUUUGUGAGACUAGCCUGGGAUUCGAACCCCUGGAUCUCAAGCACUCUCCUUACCUGCAGUGUGGAUCUGUUACGCCAUUUAUAGUGGGGGGAAAAACUCAACCUAGACAGAAGUGUUUAAUUGGAUAUUUAUCAUAUCUAUUUUCCAUUUUCUAUUGAAAUCCUGCUCCACUACUGACUGGCUGAUGGGCCACAACCUAGCACUGUUUGUUUCUUCUGUUACUUACUUACAGAUAAUUUCUACACAGCCCUAAUACACAGGUAUUCCACGACCAGACAGUUGGUGUCGCUAUUGCACAGGCAAAGAGAGACUCCCAAUUUAGCCUAGUAGUAUUGCAUUAGACUGCUGCACCAACUAAAUUCAAUAUUUAGCACACAGAAGACAAGUGUUGUGUGAACGUACAACCAUUUCUAAUAUGGUUUAACUGGAUUUGCAAGAUUGUUUACACCUGUUACAGGUGCUGAGAUUGUGAUCAGAUUAUCCAAGAUGCAUUUUAAAUCCAGGUAAAUGCAGGUGUCGACCAGCCUAUGAGUGAAUGUAAAGGUCAGAAUGAGAGUGUUUACUUUGAUUUCUUACAGCAAAGUGGAAUAAUAAAUGUUAGAGUAAUCUUUA